AUCAUUUUCCUUCCAAGUCCAGCUGUAUUUUUUGAACGUUUCAAUCGGGCCAGUAGGAUAAAAUAGUUUGGAAAAUAUAUAAAUUUUCAGUUGAGGACUCGCACGUUUCCAAAAUUUUCAUGCAAGGACUUUUUGUAAGAUUUUGUUGGAUAAAAUAAUGGUUUGGAAGCUGAUGGUUUUUUUCAGUUGAGGACUUCCAUGCUUUCAAAAUUUUCAUGCAAGGACAGUUUUUGUGACUAUAAGAACCCUCUUUGGCAACAUGUUGUGCCACACAGCCCAUUAAGCAGCCUGAUUGGUGUUUUUCUCUGUUUCUGGUGCUUUUUGUUUGCUUUCGGUCAUAUUUUAAUUGAUUGAGUUUUGGAGGCAAAAAUGACUAUCCUCAUUGAGCAGCCUGAUCAUCAGCUUGGGUCACAAAUGGAGGAGAAGAAGCUUUGUUCUGAAACCAAUGAAACCUGUGAACUGGUUUUGGAUGGUGGGUUUGUGGUGCCCAAAGACAUCUCCAAAAAUGACGGAUGUGUGACACAAGAAAUUGCAGCAUCAAAUGAUGCCUUCAUUGCCCCUGAAAUUAACUCAUUUGGCCAGUCAUUCAGGGAUUACAAAGCAGAAAGUGAGAGGCAGAAAUCUGUGGAGGAAUUCUACAAGUCGAACCACAUAAAUCAAACAUUCGAUUUCGUGAAGAAGAUGAGGGAGGAGUAUAGCAAGUUGAACAGAGUGGAAAUGAGCAUAUGGGAAUGUUGUGAGCUCCUCAAUGAGGUUGUGGAUGACAGUGACCCUGACUUGGAUGAACCCCAAAUUGAGCAUUUGUUGCAAACAGCUGAAGCCAUCAGAAAAGACUAUCCUAAUGAAGAUUGGUUGCACUUGACCGCCCUUAUUCAUGAUCUUGGAAAAGUGCUUCUUCUUCCUAGCUUUGGAGAACUUCCUCAAUGGGCUGUUGUUGGAGACACACAUCCUCUUGGGUGCGCUUUUGAUGAAUCCAUUGUUCACCACAAGUAUUUCAAGGAAAAUCCGGACUACAACAAUGCUUCCUUUAACACCAAGUAUGGGAUCUACUCAGAAGGAUGCGGACUGGACAAUGUCAUGAUAUCUUGGGGUCAUGAUGACUACAUGUACUUGGUGGCCAAGGAAAAUGGAACAACUUUGCCUCAGGCUGGAUUGUUCAUCAUCCGGUAUCACUCGUUUUAUCCUUUACAUAGGGCAGGGGCUUAUAGACACCUUAUGAACAAGGAGGAUGAAGAGAAUCUAAAGUGGCUUCAAGUGUUCAACAAAUAUGACCUCUACAGCAAGAGCAAAGUACGAGUCGAUGUCGAAAAAGUGAAGCCAUAUUAUUUAUCCCUCAUUGAGAAGUAUUUCCCAGCAAAGCUGAGAUGGUGAGCCAUGAGAGUUUUCAACAUGAUCAAUAUGUAUACUAAGGAGAAGUGCACCUUUAUAUGCUCUGCUUCAUCAAGACUUCAUUUGGUCAGUGAUGUACAAAUUGUUGGUUUAAGAAAUAUAUUCUUGGGCUGCUGCGCACACCAAAUUUCAUGAAUGAAUUAAGAGAGUGUAUUUCUGCAUCCUUCUCCUUUCAUAAUUUCCGUAAGUUCCAUUCUCACUCAUAAAGAUCAAAAUUCAUCCACAUGAAAUCUAACUUUAGAUUUCCAUUUCCAAGUUAAAAUAAAUCGACUUCCUGAAGCUGGGAGUUAAAAUAAAUCAACCGUACAGCUGGAUGAUGACCAAACAGAUUGCUGCUGCUGAUUUAUUAUUUUUGAACAGCCCUACCCUAGUUCAUCACAGACAAAUUGGUCAGCUCAUGCCUCAUUCACCCCACUAGUUCCAUGACAAAGGACUAAUUAUAUUUUAAUUUUUCCACUGUUUGCAAAUUAGAUUGAGAGCUGUACGUAAUAACGUAACACAGUUAAUAAAGAAAAACAGAGAAAGAACCAAGUUGUACAUUCUUAUUAUUCAACCAAAUCCUCGUUAAGAGAUUUAGAUUGUACUGAUUUCAA